AUGAAAAUGUAUGUUACAGAUCGUCUGGGGAGACGUUUCCCGCCUCGCAGUCCCUUUCUUUGUGGCGUGGCCUGGCGUCGUCGUCGAGAAGGUGUGAGUCCCGAUGGAGGAGAGCGUGCGGGCGUUUUGGUUGAUGGUUGGCUUGCUGUUGUCGUGGAUAGCUGCGUAAGCGCAGCUGCAGGACGCAGGUUAAACUCAUGCGACCUUCUCCCCAGUCUCCUUCGGGGCCACAUUAGGCUCCAUAGAGUUAAGAGGGCUCACUGGCGGCGGCCGCGGACGGAAAACAGCAACAGAGCCUUCUUCUCUUCGCGUCGAGCGGAGCGGAUCGCUGGCAGAAGGGGCCGAAGGGGGACCGACAAGAAGAGCAAAGGGGGCCCCGCGCGCCGAAGGACCCCGCCCGGGGCUGCGGCAGGAGUGGCGGCUGCUGCUGGAUUUGCUGGGGCGGCCGGCGGUGCUUCGGGCCGGCGACGCCUUCCCGUGACGUCCAUGAUAAUUCACCGUGGCGACCAGGGAGACCCGCGCCCUUGGGGCCUUGGGCGGCCCAGAACCACAUUCAUCAUCGCAGGAACGGGUUCCGCCUUUUCGAGCGUCCCCGAGGGGCUCCCGCGCCUGCUGCUCGCGCCCCGCCCCCCUUGGCACCGCCCCCCGCGGCCCCCAGCGGCGUGGCGCUAGCCAUGCGGGCCGCCGCG